UAGGUAAAAAGGGAUCGAAGAUGGACCUCAUAACAAGACUGAGGAGUGAAAUGCAAAGCAGGUCAUCUUACGACAAAAUAUUUCAGAAGGUUUGGGGUGCAUCAGGGGGUUGGGCAGUUGUGAUGUGCCCCUGCGGUGUUGUUUACAGCCUUAAAGUUUUGAUGAGAGCUGAAAGUCCACGGGACUUUACUGACAUUUUAAUGUCCUGGAAACAUCUCCCCAAUGUGACCAUUUAUGAUUUUGCAAGAGGACUGGCUGCUCAUGCAAAUCUUCGCAGUCCGAACAUGAUUCCCUUCAGUCCACACGAAGGUCGACUUUUGGAGCCAAAUGAAGCCAAUAUUACAGCAGCAGAGAAGGGAAACCUGAAAGUUUCUUUAAAGUGGCUUAAAGAGAAGAAAUUCCCUUCUGAUGUAAAUGGGCAUCCAUUAACUGGCACAUCUGAGCAUUACGUUCUCUAUGACCGUUUCCAUGAAAACAACACCAAAGAUUCACGCGAUAAACUUCGCAAAAUACAGCUUGUACCAGAGUUGGCUGGAAGAGUGAAUUCUCAAUGUGCUGAGCAGUUGUUUUCUCAAAUGAGAAAAAACAACUAUUUUCUGAAUGUAAUGAAGCCAACAAACCAUGUGUUCCUCAUGCGUAACCUGUUGCACCACUACAAUGUUGCAAAAAAUAAUAGGUUUGUUGAACAACUUGCCAAGCAUGUUGGUUGCACUGAGGUUACCCUGGACCAGCAUGGGCAAGCACUGUCAGGGUCAUCUUUUGAAAGCAAAAACAAGAGCAAUGGUGAGCCAAACGCACAAAAGGUGGCUGCAAGAAAAUUGAAAGAUUACUUGAAGACCUCCUGGGAACAGCCAUUGACUAAAUCAGUGGAGGAAAAGCUCACGGAUGUGCUAGACACAAAUAAAAGUCAGAGCGAACAUGUGGCACGCAUUUAUUCCACCACCCUGAUGCGAGAAGAUUUUCAGACGCUGGGAUUAGAACGCGAUGCUGAGGCAACGAUUUUGAAUUGCUGUUUCAAGAUAAUAGAAGACAUCAGCGCAUUGCAGGGUGUUCAAGUCUGGACUUCGAACAGCUAUGUAAAUGCAACUUUGAUUCCACCGCUGUGUGCAGAUCCCAUGUUACAUAUCCCUGUUGAUGCAUCUGCGAAAGACUGCAUUUUGUUUCCAUCAUGGAGCAAGUCACACUGGAUGAUUUGUGUAAGUUAUUGGUAUGAUAUGUUCAAGUUUUUUCAAAUAAAUGUCAGGAUAUUUUGUUUUUAACAACAUUUUGCAGAUACUGCGUCCAAAGCUCAAACAGCUUUUUUUACUUGAUUCACUCUGCAAGAGUGGCUUAAGUGAUGGCAGAUACAGUCAAGUGUACAGGUCUUUUACAAGUUCAAUAGCUCUUGUUCAGAAGUUCUGGUUCAGCAGUUCUUGCUCAAGCGUUCUUGCUGUAUGGUGGUUCAGUUUUAAACCAUUCAGCUCUUUUGUUUUUGUUCCUUUUUAAUUUUGUUCUGUAUUUAUUUAUUGUUUCUGUGGUUCUUCUGGGAAUGAUGUGGAAACUAAUAAGUUUUAAAUGUGAAUUUUAAGUAUAU